AUGUUGAAUCCGAUCGAGUACCAUCACGACCAUCAACACCUGCUGAUCAAGCCGAAGAAGUGCAAAAUUGAUUCUGAACAGUUCCCUGUUGAUGGGGAUUUAGCCGCCUUCAUUGGACAGUAUGCACUCUUCUAUUAUUGGAAGGAUGACAAUAACAAAAAAAGCGCUAUACCCUUGACCACGAGCCUAGCCGCUACUUUCCGUCAAGGCAGGAAGAAAGAACUGAAAAUUGAUGAUCAAUUCGAAAUCCAUUCUUGGGCUGAUAAAGAGUUCAAAGUUGCAACUCGUGUUGUCAGAAUCCUCGAAGACUUGGAUACCAUAGUAUUGCAAUCGAACGUGAAGUUGUGCAAUGUGGAUCAUAUCAUCGACUCAGCCAUUCCUAAAAAAGGAAUGAGGUCUGUGAUUGUAGUUCGAAAUUUUAAUGGGAGGAAAGUUGGUUACAUUUUGGGGUCACCUAAUCACCAGAUCUCUUGUGUUAGUAUUUCUCCUUGUGGACGAUAUGUUGCCAGUGGAGAGUGUGGCGUGGAGCCGGCUGUUCGAGUUUAUGAAAUAGGAUUUAAUAAGAAUCAGUUGCAAUAUUCGUUGCACCAUGAAUUGAAACAUCAUUCAACGGAGAUUGUGGCUGUGAAAUUUGUUCCGAAAUCUCUUUAUCUUGUAUCAGUUGGAUGUGAACAAGAUGCUCAAAUAGCGUUAUGGAAUUGGAAAACUUCAGAGCUGCUAGCUUCAUCGAAGCUCUCAGCAUCGGUCAAUUCUAUUGCCAUGUCCCCUGAUGGCUCUUUUUUUGUGACCACUGGAGCGAGGCAUGUGAAAUACUGGACGAUUCCAACUGAUAGCGAACAGAAAACCAUUCAAUCGAGAAGUGCGAUAUUAGCCGAUAAACGAAGUUCAACUUUUGUUGAUUGCGUAGUUGUGAAUUUAAAUAAAACGUUAGCUGUUACGAAUCAAGGAGAGAUAGUAGAGUUUUGGAAUAAGAAAUAUGCUAAAGCAUAUAUGUUUGAAAACAUUAUACCUACAUCUAUUGCUUACAAAGCAGAUCAAAUACUUCUUGGAUGUACUGAUGGGUCUACACAUUGUUGCUCAGAAAACGACAUGACAUUUGUUAAUCAGUUGCCAUUUCCAGCUCCGUCGAAUGCUGAUCCCUCAGUAUUUCACAGAGCUGAAGAGCUACAGAUUGCUUCUUGCAAUACAAGAUGUCCAUCUGUUUGUGCUGUACAAAGUUUUCCCAAUGGGGAUGGAGUGGUUUGCAUUCAUGAAGAUAAAUCUUUCUAUGUUUAUCUACCACACGGAUCUCAUUGGCAAAGAAUUGAAAGCCAAUUAUCUCACUCAUCAUGUGUGAAUGCUUUACUGCCAUUACCGGGUCCCCACAACUAUCUGCCUGUCGAUGCUUUCUUCACAGCUUCAUCUGAUUUUACUGUCAGAAUAUGGAGCUUUGAUAACGGCUUAUCCGAAAGUCUCGGAAGCUCUAAUUUACUUUCUCCCAAUCUGAUCAAGCUGAUUACAUUACCGGAUCAGUGUAAGGAAACUGCUAGUUCAAGCGAUGUUGGAGCGUUAAGUGUCUCAGUAACACCUGAUGGAUCUCAUCUUAUCGCUGGUACAAGUCUUGGAAACUUACAUGUGUACGAUAUCGCUGAAUCUGAGAUAUCACUAGUGGAGAGUAUAAUGGCCCAUGACGGAGCUGUGAAAUGCUCAGACUUUUCAUCCUUCAGAGAUUUACCACUUCUUUUCGCAUCAGGAGGUACAGAUCAUCUGGUGCAUCUAUUCCGUAGAUCAGCGAACAAGUACAUACAUUGUGGAGUAAUUGAAGAUCACGAAGACGUAGUAACAAGCAUUAAGUUCGCUGAGAGUAACGGUGCUCAUCGUAUAUUCAGCAGUUCGCAAGAUCGCAUUUUCAUUUGGAGUAUAGUUUUCCAUGAGGAUUCGAUUGAUUUUGGAAGAGAGCAUGUAAUUAAUUGUUCUCAUAAUGUCAAUGACUUAUGCUAUUGGCAAAAUAGAAAUUUAAUUCUUGCUGGAUGUAGUGAUUGGAGUGUACGAGGAUAUGAAGCAUCAGGGAAAUCAUUAUUAUCCCUUGGUGUACCUGUUGACCAGCAAAUACGUGCGGGAUAUUCGAUGACAUCGAUUGCUGUUGAUCCAUCACACACGUUCACAGUUGUAACAUCUACUAAUGGAUCUUGCUAUAUGUUAGAUUUACGAUCUGGAAGCAUUGUUGCGACUUUUGCUCCUUCUGGCAAUACACCUGUGCAAGCUUGCUUUUCUGAGGACUGCAAACGAGUUAUCAUUGUAUCAUCCAAUGGAAGUUUGUACGCUUGGAGAUUGGCAACACCCAUUGUUAAUCAAAUGCUAUCGGGUCGACGCAACUUGUUGGAAUUAGCCCCAAGAACACCCACGCCUGAUAGCCUGCUUGGAAGUGGCUCUGAAGCUUUGAGUGAAGAAUUGCAUAUAUCUAGUAUUGGUGAUAAGUUAUCUGAUUUUGGUAGCACAUCAUCGCUAGAUCAGUCAGCAUCCGCUCCAGUGAUCGUGCUAUCACCCGGAAACUCGAAAUCGUUGUCCUUGUCGGUACAGGAAGCCCAGGUGACCAGAAGGAGUAACAACAACCUUCUCGAUAUAUCCAACGAUAUUGACGAUACUCAAUCUGAUUUCAUCUCACGACAGCGUAACGUUCCACAGUAUCAGUCAAGCAAAUCAAUGCUUAACUUACGUGAGGGUAACUACACUGGGUAUCACUCACCCAACGUUGUAAACGGACAAGCUCAACGUAAAGUUCGACCAUCAUGGGGAUCUGGUAUGAACUAUGAGCGAAAAUACUCACCAAACUAUUCGGAAAACAAUAAUUCUAUAUCAAAGCAACCUGAAAGACAAUAUCAUCAAGUUGCGCUAGAUGCCACUCCAACUAUAAUGGAUUACAGCCACUUUCGUUCAGCGGGUAUCGAUUCUACGCCCCAGAAUCAUGUUUUACCUUCUUAUGUAAGAAGGAAUACAGAAAUUCUGUCUAGAUCGCCAAACAUGGCUCCUCCAGCGUACUCUAAACAGAUGUCUUCUUCAAAUUCGCCAUCCUCUUUUAAUAGACAUAAUGAUUUGUUCGGACGAAACGAUAGCCUGCGUGUUUCUCUUUCACGAAAACACUUGGAAAAUGCUAAUCCAGAGUCAAAAUCCUUGUGGACCUCACAUUCCAUGACUCCUAAACGAACUAUGUCCAGUUUACAAGCUCAAACAUCUCCUAGCGGAGGUGCAGCUAGUGCAAUUACACGAAGACAUUUCGAAGUAUUUCCUUCACGCUCUGGUAUACGAAGAGAUCUCAAUAAGGCUCCACCUCAAAAUCGCGCUUUGCGUAGUCGAACGGUUGUAAUCUGUUCAAAUGACUUUGACUCUGCUAAACCAUCUUUAAAAAAGAAAACAGCUGAAGACUAUUCCAAUUCUCAGCUGCAUUUGAGAAGCCGUAGUCAAAGUCCAAACAGGUUCAAGUUGAGCCAAUCUAUGACUCCAACAAGCCGAGAUAUAACCAAGUCGAGAAGAGAUUCUGAUAUGUCCUACACUGCUAUGUCUUCACGAAUGACGCCAGCAACAUCUAGAAGCAACUUACGCGAGACGGAAACUAGAAAAAGCACGGACGCUCUGAACAAAGUGAAUGCUUUGCGAAGCAAGAUGUAUCAGUCUACAGAAAACUUGCGAAAAUCAACUGAUAAUUUAUUAUUGGGAACAUCCGAAUCGGAGUCACCGCCCGAAUCUACAGAGCGAACAAGAACACGGUCUAUUAGCAAUAUGCGAGGAGGACAUCUGGAAAUGGCGGGAUCUUUCAAUCCGGAUCAUCACAGUACACCAUCUAGAGGAUUGGUGAACUCGAGGAUAUUAGCGAGAAGUAUGGGAAAUGUUAACGAUCCGAACGCUAUGGCAGAGUCUCCAACCACUCGCUUGCAGAACACCAUAGACAAAAUGAAAAAAGCUAGUAACCCUGAUCUCACUAAUGAUGGCUUCUAUGAAGAAACAAGCACACAAAGUCCAGAAAAAUUGAGAAGGAGGAGCGCCCUACAGAAAAGAGUUGAAAGGUAUCACCCUCGUAGAUCACAACGGCUGCAAACAUCAGACGAGAGUGACAGUAACACUAGUGAAGCUACUGUGCGUUUGGGAGAUGGUCCCGACUCCCAACAACUGAUGAAACAUGUGGAAGAAUGUUGCGACCAAUUCCAGACUCACAUUGACAAACUUUUGUACGCAAGAAAGAUGGUAGAAGCUUCCAAACUUUCCGGUGAACAGAAACGUUUCAUGAACGAUUUAAUGCAAAAUGUUUCUGAACUAUCAAUGGAAAAAUUGCAAAAUGGCUUUCGGAGCUCAAUGAUUGAAUCGAAUGGGAACGACUAUACACCAAGCAAAGCCCCUAACAAGAUAUAUGAACUGAGAAAUACAAACUUCUAA